AUGGCGGAAAAUCUUGCGUACACGUACGUGAUUGUGGGAGGUGGAAUUGCCGGUGUAACUUGUGCUGAAACGUUAGCCCUUCUACGUCCAACCGACUCAAACGACCGAAUUCUACUACUAACAGAGUCACCUCUCGUGAAGGCCGUCACGAAUGUGGUUCCUCUAGGGAAAAUUCUUAACCGUUUCGAUGUAGAAGAGAAGAGCACUGGAGAGCUUGCUGCAGCGAACAACAUCGAUGUGUUGCUCGAUCAAUUGGAUUCGAUCGUUAGUGAGGAUCACCUGGUACGAACAACUGCCGGAAGAUGCAUCAGCUACCGGUACCUUUGUCUUUGCACCGGUGCCAGACCAAACAUCAUCGAUAAGGCAAAGGGAAAUGCGAACGUGAUCGGUAUACGGGACACAGAGUCGGUGGAAGAAUUCCGGAAGCGUAUUCACACGGCCACCCGGCUAGUCGUGGUUGGCAAUGGUGGAAUAGCAUCGGAGUUGGUGUACGAGGUGGACGGGUUGGAGGAAGUUCAUUGGGUUAUUAAAGAUCCGUACAUAAGCUCAACGUUUGUAGAUUCCGGAGCGGCCAGCUUUUUCAGGGAGCGACUUAACACGAAAGCUUCUGUGGAUAAGGAAAAGACCACCUACAAACGAAUGCGCUACACGGAACAGAAUGAGGAAAGCGACUCAGCAGGGGUCACAAAACGAGGGGCAGCACUGGGACCCGACUGGCAUCGUGCUUUUGACAUUGAGAAACACGGAGAAGCAGGUACCCGGAACGCCAACAAGGUUACCAUUCAUCAUUCGGUGGAAGUGGAGGACAUACAGGAAGUUACAUCCGGACUACAGGUUCGACUUACCGAUGGUAGCACUAUUGAGUGUGAUUUUGUAGUGUCCGCCACCGGGGUCGUCCCUGCCACCAGCUGGACCGGGGGUUGCGAUCGUACGUUCAAGCUCGGACCCGAUGGAGGCCUUUUCGUGAACUGGUCGAUGGAGACAUCGAUCGGCGAUGUCUACGCUGCAGGGGAUGUUUGCUACGCAGGAUGGGAACAUGCGCCCCACUGGUUCCAGAUGCGCCUGUGGACCCAGGCACGCCAAAUGGGAGCGAUGGCUGCACGCAGUAUGGCGGCCAAGCGAGCCGGGGAGGAGAUUUAUCAGGAUUUCUGCUUCGAAAUGUUCAACCACGUGACGACCCUGUUCGGUUAUCAGGUGGUUCUUCUGGGGCGCUACAACGGGCAAGGGUUGAACGACAAGUACGAGGUGCUGCUUCGUAUGACGCCCGGGCUUGAGUACAUUAAGUUUGUGCUGGUGGAUGGAAGACUGCAGGGAGCGCUGCUGGUGGGCGAAACGGGGCUGGAGGAAACGUGUGAGAAUUUAAUUCUGAACCAGCUGGAUUUGUCACCGUACGGGGAGGAUCUGCUGGAUCCUAACAUCGAUAUUGAGGAUUAUUUCGAUUGAAACGGUUUGCAGCACGUAAGGGCAAUAGUCGAGCGGGAAGAAUGAUGGAAAUAAAUUUGAUUGGAAGUUAAAAAAAAAA